UCAUUGUCAUUAUGUUAAUGUCAUGUGAUCUACUAUUUCACAAAUAAUCUUUUAUUUAUAUUUUAGAUGGUAUUUAGUCAACACAACAGUAAUCAGUGUUAAUUAUUUAUGUAGGAAUAAAUUGUGAUAUUUUAACUAUCGUGUAGACUUAGAUGUAAAUAUUUCAUUCUAUAUUCAAACCAGUGCAGCUAAGAUACAAAGAGAGUAGACAAUAAAAUAAAAUGUUAAAGUUCGAAAUAGUGUCUUCUCGGACUGUGGAGGGCGUCGACAAAGAAAAAAAGUUUGUAGCCUACAUGCUGCAAGUUAGACAGGAUUCCACCGAGACACGAGUAUUCGAUCAAGACCCUGCUAAUGUAGAAAGGAGAUACACACACUUCCUGGAUCUAUACAAUGGGCUGAAAAAGGAACAACCAACUCUUUUAAACAAUGUAUCGUUUCCGCGGAAGAUAGUUGUCGGCAAUUUUGACCCAAAUUUAAUAUCUACCAGAUGUGCAGCUUUUGAGUCAAUGUUGAAUAUAGUAGCAAGUGAGUCACGACUGAGGGAUGCCCCUGCAGCUAUUGCAUUCUUUCAGAAUGCUGAAUUAAAGGAAGCUAGACGGCUUAUUGAUGAGGGCAAGUUUGACCAAGCUUUGUCUGUAUUGGAGACAAGUUUCAAAUUAUUAAAUAAGGUUUACACAGACAGAUCUCGGGUAGUGCUGAGUGUUUUAUGUAGGAUAGUAGCAUGCGCGGGAGCUAGCGGGGGCGCACUGGCUGGCCCUGUGGAGAAGUGGGCACAGUUGGCUCUAAAACGAUAUGAAGCAGUCAGCGACUCGGACCUACUGAUCAUUUAUAUACCUCUGUUGCAUACAUGUAUUUCUAUAUGGGAAACAUUGGGUCGCGACAAAUCAAGAUUAGUUGAAGAAUUGAACUCUCUACGCAAAAGAGGAAUGAAGGUAGACUCAGUGCCCAGUCUCAUGGAAGCUGUGGACGAGUUGGAUACGAAUAUUUAAUAUUAUACUCUGUUUGAGGAGACAUGCUUUAAUGACUAAACCAGGCAAGUGUUAAACAAGGCAGAGAAGUAGUGGACAUAUUUUUGCAAUUAUUAACACUUAAAAGGCUUUCUUCGUGCUAAUUAUGACGGAAAACUGGACAAAAAUCUUACAUGAUGAUAUUAUAUUUUGCAUGAAGAUAUGUCUGAAUUAUUAUUAUCAAAAUUCUACUUUAGGAAGACUUUUCGGUUUUGUUUGUGCUGGUAAGUCGUACCCACAAACAGCCGUGUAACUUAUAUGUGUGAAUUCAAAGGAGCGUUAUAAAUUAUGUUAGUAUUAUUGUAUGGGAGUGCUUAUCAAUGGUUUUUUUUGGUAAACGGAUGUCGAUGUCCCUCUAAAUAAUUUAUAAAUAGGUUUCUGCUGUGCUGAUGUUCGUUUAGCUUGCACACAGAAAGCCGUCUGUAAAUAUCGACUUACUACUACAUCCAAAGUUGAAGGGUCUUCAGAAAGUAGACAACCAUACCUGACACAACUGCUUGUGUUAUACAUAAGGCACAUAUGUCAUGAUGUAGCACUGAAAAGUCAUUGAAAAAGUCGUAUUGCUUCCAUUCAUAGACACUUUCAUAGACAAUAUACAAGCAAAAUGUGUGAAUAUAAGUACUAAGGUGUCAGGUAAAAAUAAUUUAGAUUUAUAAUUUUUUCGUAAUUGGCGCGCCUAACAUUCGUUCAAUAUUUCAUAACGAGAGAAAGUUAUAUUGUUGAUAGAUAGCAGCUAAAUUGAAAAUAUAGCUUACUCUUUCAUCGCGAUGGGACAAAAGAGACACCAAUGUAUAGACAAAUUGACAUUGAUGCUGUGUGUAUGCUAAGCCAGCUGCAUAUAAAAUGGCAUCUAUAUGAUUAUUUAUUACUUUUAAAUAAAAUUAUGGACCUUAGUAAGAAUCUAUUCAAUGAUAAAUAAUCUAUAAUUACUAUUUUAACAAUAAUUUAUUUAUAACUUUUUACAUAAUAUAUUUGGAAAUCGUGUGUAUCAGCUAUAAUUUUUAAGUUUAGUAGAAUCUUUACUUUACUUUCUAUAUUGAGAAGAGCUCGAAUUUUAUGAUAAAUCAAUAGGUACUAUUUGUGGGCUUAUGCUGUAAUUUUUUGGCAGUCUCAUGCAUGUAUCAUUGUUAUCUCGAUUUAAACGUUAGGAGCUUUGAAUAUUUAGACUAUGGACCUGUUGCACACCCAAAUUCACCAGCAAAAAAGUCUGAACAACUAUAAAUUUGGCUCGCAAUAUACACACGCGUAAUUUUUACACAGACUAACAAACACAUCGCUUAGACUGUCCACAGAGUAUACACAUAGAAUAUUCGAUUACUUGAUCGAUUUUUUGCUGUCCCGUCAAAAGAGUCGAAAUCGAGUCGAAAGUCGAAAACGAUUACAACAAUGAAUCAUCGAUUCUAUAGCAACAGUUUUUAUAAAUGCGUUAGAUAAUUGAUUUUUGAUUUUUGCCAGAGGGGUACGGUUAGCGAAGCAGGUCCUAUUAUUAAUGGUCGAGGGUUAGGGGUUACUUUUGUGUAUCUUGUAACAAUGAAAUAUUCUAAAAUUGACCUCAUUAUACUGAUUAAACAUAUCAGAGCGAACAUGUUAACAUUUUAGAUUAAAAAUAACAGCAUAAGUCCGCUGGGGUGGCAACACUGCAAACAUGAUAUUUUUAAAGAAUCUAUUAUAUGAAUGUAUACCCUGACCAAAAAAUAUAAAAACAUGGAUUGAGGGCGUCACAAGUAUUUUUUGCCGCCUGUUCUUGUUAUGCUAGUGGAAUAAAUACUCUCAAAAGAGCUACAUUAGAACUCAUAGCUGUAAAGCCAGUUAGUAAAAAAUAAAUAAAUUAUAAUUAUAAUUAUUAUUUUUAAAAUAUUUUUUUUUUUAUAGUUAUUUUUUUCUGCUACAUUCCAAGGUUUUCUAUUUUUCUGGCCAGGCUAUAGAAAUGUAAUUUUCAUUUUAGAACGCUUUUGUUCGUUUUUAUAUUUAUUAUGUUUAUUGCACAUUGUUAUUAUUAAUUUAUAUAGGUAUUUUGCUCUAAAACUUGCCUUUAUAUUAUCUACAUACUAUUUUUAAAAUUGUGACUUUAAACUGCAAUUGAAAUAGAUUUAUAGCAUGAUAACUGGAUUUACGAAUGUUUUUAAUACCAGUCCAGUUUCUUAAAACUCAAGAUAAUAUAUUGGUUUCGUCAUGUAACCCAUAUUAAAAUCUCACUAGUUUUUUUAGAUGACAGCGAUUUAGUAUUAUUAAGAUUGAUCAAUCGAUUUUCAUAACUUUUCAUUUCAAUAUUGUAGCUAUCGCGAAACACGCGAAAAUUUUAUUCUUAGAUUACUUUAUUAUAUACAAUUUAUAUAUAGAGAUGAUAUUUAAUAAAAUUACGUAAAUUACUCAUUCUUCGUUUGCUGAUCUAUUUCCUAACUUGGUCGCUUUUAGAAAAUUAAAGCAAUUGAUUUAGUGUGCCAUUAAAUGAUUUUCUUAAACGGUAUGCCAUGCUAUUAAUUUAAUAACUCAACAAAGUCGUGAUGUAAAACGUAUUAAUGAUAAAUAGGCAAGGCUUUUUCCCACGAAAACCGAGUUAUUGAAUAAGCUAACGAAAAGCUAAUUUAAUUUGUUUUAAUGUUUUGCUUUGAUUUAAUUCUCUUUAAUAGAAGGAACAUUUGGUUUGAUCAUAUUUUUUAAAUGGCGACUCUAAAAGGUACUUCUUGAAACUGUUGUAAUCAUUAUAAUCUAACAUUAACUAUAGUCUGACAAGUUCGUUGAUAACACUCCUAUGAUAUGCGGGCGACAGGGGGAAAGAGUGCGCGGGCGUGAAAUCGUGCGUGCGGGGAAGUGACGUGCAUCAGUCGUGGGGUUUUCAUUCAUCGCUAUACGCCCCCCCGGAGUAUACGAACGAAGUUGCCAAGUUAUAAUCUGCAAGAUUGAUUUUGAUUAAAAAUGAAAAUCAGUCUGCAAGAGGAAAGCUUAUGGUUUAUUCUUGUUGACUGUGUUACAUACAUUUAAUUUGUUGAUUCAUGUAAAAGACCAAGUGUGAUUCUAUAAAUAUCUCUUGUCUAUGACUUAUGCAAUAAUAGGAAUAAAUUCACUUCAUAUUUAGCCUAGAAUUGCAAUACAAUAAUGUGCCUAAUUUUUAAGUAUUACAUAAAAAUGUAUUCAACACAUUGUGAUAUUACUGGUCUCCAUUCAAAAGCUCUUAGAAUUUUAAUAAAAUUAAUGUUUUUAAUCUAUUGAUCCUUUAGCAAAAAGCUAAAAUUAUAUUAUUAAAUUAUGAUUAUGAUAUUGUAAAUUUAUAAUAAUGCCGAAAAUUAGUAUUAAAAUCGUCAAUUUGCGUCGUAUAUAAAUUGUGUCGAAAGACAGUAUAAUUUUUAUAAAAAUACCUUCAUUUUGUCAAUUACUAGCGGAUCUAAUUAUGUUGCCUGUGCAAACUCUAGCUCAUUUAUGAUUUUUUCUGUAAAAAAAAAAAUUGGAGAAUGAAAUUUUGAGGAUGCAUAUUCUGAGCAAAAAUUCAACAAAUGUGAACAAAAAAUUAGAGAAAAAUUCUAGCACGCGAAUACAACGCCACCAAUUAAAUUAUAUAGACAUGCUAUUUUCAUAUACAUUUCACACCCAUUAAGUGGAAAUAUUAGUUUUAACUAUUAAUUUUUAUUUUACGCUAUUCAUUUAUAUUUAAAAAGUGUCAAUCGAUUUAUAUACAUUUAUUAUAGAAACGUAUUUCAUGCACAUAAAAAUGUUUAUUUCACGUAUUUAAUUUUAUGAAAUUUUGUGAAUUAAACUAAAAAUAUGGAUAUACUCGUACCAGCCUUGGUUUUUAUUUGUAAAAAGGUUUAAAAUAAUAAUUUAUAAUCAUUUAUUAUAAUAUGUACAUAUAUAAUACAAUCGUUAUGUAUUUAUAUAUAACCUGUUUUUAAAUAAGCAUUUUUUAUUGAAAUCUAGUCUAUGCCGUGAAUUAUUAUUCAAAGAUAAAAGUCACAAGUACCUUUGUAAUGAAGUGAUUUGUUUUACAUGUCUAUCAAAAUAUUGUUUGUUCAUAUUAAUAUAAAUUUUUUGUCUUCACUGGCUGUUAUUUAUAAAAAAUCAUAUCUUAUAGUGCCUAUAGACGGAGAGCCCGUGAAUCCCAGACCUUCGUCAUUUUAUAAAAGCUGAAAGUUUAUCAGCUCAUGCUCCUACCAUAAGUAAGUACGGUAGGUAGCCUAUUAUGGACUUUGGACCGUGGUGGACUUGGGAGGUAGCAGGUUUUAAAGAUCCAGACCGUCAGUCGUCGUAAGUAUAAAGUAUUUUUUUUUAUUGGCAUAAUAUGAGAAAUGAUAAUUUGCCAGACACUGCUUCAUGGCAACCUUUCGCUAGAGACCCUAAAUUUUUUUUUUUCGACGGGUUGCCGCAAAGCUAAGUGACUGGCGACUGGGAAUAUAAUUUCUCAUAUUAUGAUGAGGAAAACAUGAAAAAAUUACACUUUAUACUUAGCCGGUUGAGGGUCUGGAUUCUUAAAACCUGCUACUUCCCAAAGCCACCACGGUCCAAACUCAACAAUUGGCUUUCAGCUUUUAUAAAAUGUCGAAGGUCUGGGGUCGUGGGCUCUUAGUCUACUAGGUUUUAGUUUAUUCUGCAACAUAAUUUUAUUUGCAAUAUAAUUUAUUUUAGAUUAAAUUAUGAAUAUGAAUAUGUAUAUGGGACCUAAAACUGUGUAACAUUUUAUUAUCAGAUGGAUGGAUUUAGCUCAAAAAAUAUACGAAAAACGGCAUUCCAAAAUUGUAAAUCGAAAACUAUUUAUUUUUUACUUUAAGGGCAUCUACGUAAGUAGGUGCACAAUUUUUGUUUAUUUAAUGUUAAAAAGUUUAUUAAAGACAAAAUAAUAAAGAUAUACCCAACAUAAAAUUAAAUGGCAUCAUAAGUAAGUACCUAAUCCAAAUAAGAUAUUGAAUGUACCUAAUGUUAAUUAAUCAUUUUUAUUAAAUUUUAUGUUUUAUAUCUCUACGAAUGUUUUCAAUGUAUUUAGUUUUAUUAUUUACAUUAAUUGUAUUAAUAAGACAACAGUAAAUUAUAACGCAAUAGUUAUUUUUUGCAUUAUUUGUUUUGUGUAUUACGCCUGUUACACACGAUCAAGUCUACCGUCCAGUAGAACACUUAAAAAUGUGGGCAGUGAAAAAAUAUCUUAAAUAUAUCUUUCUUCUGGGCCGUUUCCGCACUUAGCCAAGUGUUUGGCCGUUGUGCGUGAUCUUCAAUAUAUAUUUCGAUAUUUCAUAAACUGCCCGUCCAUAAGCUGCAAAGUUGACAGUAAACUUAAUUGUGUGUGGUUGGUUUUUAUAUAGUUUUGACGCUUUAAUCGUGUAUACGUUUUGAAAUGAUAUUGUACUAAUAAAUGACCCACUAUGUAGUCAAAUUAAUUAGAAACGCUUAUAAAUAAGACAAAGUAUAACUUCACGUAGACAUAAAUUAGAGUUAGGAAAAGGUGUUCCCAAACGGUAUAGUUGUAGAAUAAAGGUAAAUUAUUUUGACUUGCUGUGCUCGACUAGUGUCAUAAAUAAAUGUAUAGUACCACAAACUUAUAAGACCCGGUGGUCGCUUUUGUCGCGCUUUCACUGUGUUUUGCAAAAUGCAGGUCAUCUCCCAGAUGAUAAAUUCGGGUGGGGGACGCGUACGGGGCUCAAGGCUGUAAGGAGUAAGGUGUGGGUAUCUUGCUCCCCCGGUCAUUUUCUUUCAGCCCCUUUCAGGGCUGAGGCCUUGUGCCCUAAAGGUCGUUUAAAUACGACGUGUGGGUCCUCUCCGGCCCGUGUGAACGUGGCGGGGGUACGGGCCACGAGGCAAUUCCUCCUUGCACGGGUAUGUCGACUGGGAUCUUGCUCCCACGAUAUUCUUUUCUAAUCCCUCCCGUUGUUGAGGCCUUUUUUGAGACUCCGGACUGCGAUUUCUCGCUAUCCUUCGUCGGGGCAGUGUCGGGUUCAGUGGGGAUCUUUUUAAUUGGUAAUAUGCCGUAGCAGGGCAGCCAUCCCUGCUUGGAUGGCAGCCGCUGGUCCUUGGCCCUGUAGGUAUAUUGUAAGCCCGGCCAUCAGCGCUUCCACGAUCACCCGGACGACGGCUGCCAAGCGAAGUAGCUAAAAAGCGAUCGCCGCGAGUAAGUUCCAGUCUUGGCCACCGGGUAAGGAAAAUUUGCGGCUCUAUGAGGCUAUGUCACAAUUAUUGUUUUUGAUAUAGAUAAUUUUAUUUCUUUGAUUUAAACAAUUGGAAAAUAACACCAUAUAUGCUUUUCCUCAUAGAUAAUAAUCUUAUGUUUUAUAGAAAGUCGCGAGUUUUUUUAAGGUAUUGUCUUCUCAAAACUCCUUUACAUUAUUAACACUAAAAGAAUAAUGGAUGGUGAUAAAUUUUUCAAAAAAAAGUAAAAUAGUUCUUUUUUGUUUUUCCAUGAAUAAAAAUAUUUUUUAAUUGUUUGGGAGCAGUUUAUCUUUCCUGACUGUAUGUUAAUGUAAAUAAUGAUAUUUAAUUUUUUAUCUGCUAAUCAAUUUUGAUGAUAUUAUUAAUCAUUAGUUUUAAGGUGACUGAUAUUUUAUACAUUUGUAGAGGUGUAAUAAAUAUAUUAUGAAAAAUCA